ACCCCUGGGUUUCAGGCAAGGAUGGGAUCAUAAAUUUCACCCGUGUGUCUAAUUUUGUCGUUCAAUUCUGUCAAAGCCCUCGUGAUUGAGUGGGUUGGAAUACACAGGUGCAGACAUCGGAUGAUUCUCAUUUUCCCGGUGAGAAGGAUAGAAGGCCAGCAAGAUUUUACCACAAUUAUUGCAGCCAUCGUCAGAUGGGUUGUUUCAGUCCCUUUGACACGAUCUCUGUCGCACAGCGCUGGCGGCGUAAUCAUGAUGGUACCGCCCUUUGGAAUGUUGCCUCUAUGCUCCAUGUCCUCGCUGCUUCAGGGACAAAUUACGAUGGUUGAACUGGCCGUCGCACUUGCUGUAUGCAAUGCGUUGAUUCCGCCCGUGGUCCAUGAACAGACGAAUGAAACUGGUGACGGCUUGUGUGAACGCCCUCCGAAUCAGCACCUGGGGACUCAUCUAUGGGAAAAGUUGGAACACGGCUGUUACCGACGCCAACGUAUUGGGUCAUCCAUCCGGUCAACUAGACUUCUGCGUCUCUGCUUUUACGGCAAUCGUGGACCUCUUGAAGGGAUACAGGAAGGGCCAUCCCUGAGAAGGAUGGUUCUUCCCACCGAUGUUCUAUGCCUUGACUAUUGCAUGCAUCGUCGUGUAGUCGUGAUCGGGGCUUAUCAAAAUGAAAUCUCACAAAUGCCAAGUCUGCUUCUCGAAUUGAUGCUGCGAAAUAUCGACCAGGUCUCUGAACUUAUCAGGUGAAAUGACUCUAUGAAUGAUAGGGUUCAAGUUAAGAAGCGGAUUGUAUCGGCAGUGUCAUCCUGAGAGUGCAGUACUUUGGAACAACAUGACUAG